CAGGAGUGUUUUCUGAAUGUUAUCGAAGUGAUGAGAAACGGGCAGAACUUCUUUUGAUCCAUGUGAAUCCCAAAUGGGGAAGGCCACAGCCCUGGAACUGGCUCGGCAGUCUCAAGCUCUGUCCUUUAUGUCACAAGGAGGUGUCCAGACAUUCCUCACGAAGACCUGGUGGGGGAAACUUUCAGUGGACAAUGGCUUCAUCCAGCUUUUGCUGUGUAUGUUGUUUUUCCCUCUCAUCUACAGCAACCUCAUCAACUACAGGAAAGGUUAUACAAAUUCCCCAUCUUCUCUCGAUGUAAGUCCAAAUGAGAAGAGGAAUCAGAGGAUCGGUCAAGUUUCCAGAAGCGAUUCAAAGGGACUUAAACCGUACAGCUGUCUCUGGAAGCUUCAGGCUUUCUUCAGUGCUCCAAUAGUGAAAUUCUAUUAUAACGUUGUGUCAUAUGUUGGAUUUUUGUGGCUUUUUGCAUAUGUUCUGAUUGUUGAUUUCCAAACCCAUCCAUCCUGGAGAGAAUAUAUAUUGUACAUUUGGGUCUUCUCCAUCUUUACCGAGGAGCUACGUCAGCUGUUUUAUGACCCGGAACAUCGUGGUUAUGGGAAGAGUGCUGUUAAGUUAUAUUACAGAGUUUUGGAACCAGGUGGAUUCCAUGGCUUUGGCCUUAUUCACUGUUGGGCUGAUAUGCAGAUUGGUUCGGACAGACACAGUCUAUCUGGGUCGGGUGUUCCUGUCUCUAGACUACAUGAUAUUCUGCAUCCGCCUCAUGUACAUGUUCACUGUCAGCAGAGUUCUGGGUCCUAAAGAUCAUCAUCCUCCGCAGAAUGGUUAAAGACAUCUUCUUCUUCCUCUUCCUCCUGGCUAUUUGGAUUGUUUCGGUAUGGCGUGGCAAAGCAGGCGAUUCUUACUACCAAUGAAGAAAGGUUGGGCUGGAUUUUACGGAAUGUGAUCUAUGAUCCCUACCUCACCCUCUUUGGUGAAAUCCCAUCUGAUAUAGACAGUUUAAAUUUUGAUCCAACACAAUGUUCAGAAAAUGGUACCGACCCAACCAUGCCUAAAUGUGUUGUCAAUGAUGGAAACCAAUGCUCUCUUCCCAGAGUGGCUGACCAUAAUUCUCAUGUGCCUAUAUCUCCUCAUGGCCAAUGUCCUUCUGCUCAAUCUACUUAUUGCCAUAUUCAGUUACACAUUCGCAGAUGUCGAAAAAAACACGGAUCAGGUCUGGAAAUUCCACCGUUUUGGUCUCAUUAAGGAAUAUAAUGAGAGUCCCGCUGCUCCUCCUCCAUUCAUCCUACUCACUCACUUAUAUAUUCUCCUGAAACACGGCAUUUGUAGAUAUCAAGCCAGGGGCCACAAAGUUCUAAGGUGGGAGCUGGAUGAAGAACAAGAAGUCUCGUUGCUCUCCUGGGAAUCCUUCAUGAAGGACAACUACCAACAGAUGAAAGAAACAACAAGAAGCUGAAAGUGUCUCCGCCAUGCUGUGUCUGCUGGAGAAAAAGCUGACUGUUCUGGAAGAGCAGUCUACACAAAAACUGAACUGGAUCAUCUCAGCCCUGACGGAGAAAGAUUCCAGGAGUAAGACGCGGACAUUAGAUGAUCGCAGAUCGCAGGACUCAGAGGAGACGGUUGCAGCAAGCCCAGAUGGAAGCGGGGAGAAGGACUGCCUGUACCACGUCAACUCUCGGAUCCUGCAGUACCCAGACUCUAAAAUAACCCGCUACCCAGUGCCCGAUGAGUUUGUGCCAUGGGAGGUGGAAUUCCCAGGAUAUAAUCCUCUCCUGUACCAUGCCGAGAGGAUUGACCGUGGGGAGUAUGACCCCAAAACUGAGAUGGAGCAGAAGAGCCGUCAGUACAAUGUUAUAGAUGGCCUCUAUGACUUCCGCAGCUGCUGUGGCAUCUAUACAGUCAAGGAUGGUUUGCCCUUAAACCCAAUGGGACGAACUGGACUGAAAGGAAUCGGGAAUAUGCGUUGGUUUGGGCCAAACCAUUCUUUGCAUCCUGUACUUACACGGUGGAGCACCGGCUCAGCCAGCGGCCUCAACCAGACAGCAUCCAAGAAUAUUCUGGAAGUUCUGGUAGUGAGGUGGAGAGGAAAUGAGCUUUGGUCAUUACCGGGGGGCACGCUGGAUCCUGGACAGCGGAUUCCCAUUAGGUUCAAGGCACUGCUAGUACAUACAGACCUGAGUGAAUUUCUGGCAUUGCUGGACUCUGGGACAGAGGUCUUCCACGGGUACCUGGAUGAUCCUCGAAAUACAGACAAUGCCUGGAUAGAGACUCUUGCUGUCAACAUCCACCUGGACACAAAGGAGAAUUUGGACAAACUCUUGCAGAACCUGAAGGAAUCAGAUGAUGACAUAACACUGCGGUGGCAACUCCUGGAGCAAAAGAUUCCUCUUUACGCCAACGAGAAGGAGAUUCUCCAGAGGACAGCCGAGCACCUCCAUGCUCAUUAUUAA